UUUCAUCGGCACGCUCGAGUUGCCUGCCGGACUGGCGGUUGCGUCCCCUAUAAAAGCGAGGGUAGACCAUCGAGGAACCAGUGUGCUCACUGUCGACCAACAUGAACAGCACAGAGAAGCUGAAAAUCUUACUUUUCUGCGGCCUGGUACUGUCGGCCGUGGCCGAGGAAGCGAAAAAGACCGCGGAGUCUAGCGCCCAGCCAAAAGAAGAGAAGACGAAACGCGGCUUGGAGCUUAGCUUGGGUGAUCAUGGCUUCGGAGGAGGUUAUGGAGGUGGAGGCGGAGGCGGAGGAGGAUUUGGCCUUGGAGGCGGUUUCGGAGGCGGCUUUGGUGGCAGCGAACAUGUAUCCGCGGAACACGUCCCGGCAGUCACGGUCACAAAGACCGUCCACGUGCCAGAACCUUACCCAGUAGAGGUCACAAAACAUGUCCCCGUACCCGUCAGUGUACCAGUCAAAGUACCAAUCGACAAGCCAUACCCUGUCCACGUGCCUCAGCCCUACCCUGUUACAGUCGAAAAGCCCGUGCCUUACCCGGUCGAGAAGCCAAUACCUUACCCUGUGAAGGUGCCCGUCAAGGUGCCAAUAAAGGUGCCUCUGCCGGUCAAGGUACCUGUCAAGGUACCGGUCACUGUACCAAAACCAGUGCCCUACCCUGUUAAGGUGCCCUUGGUCGUGAAGGAGGCUGUACCUAUUGUCGUGAAGGAACACGGAGGUGGAUUCGGAGGUGGUUUCGGAGGUGGACUCGGUGGAGGAUACGGAGGUGGACACGGAGGUGGAUUCGGUGGUGGACUGUCUUUAGGAGGUGGACACGAUCUUGGCGGAGGUUAUGGAGGUUACGAGCAUUUGUGAAGCAAAGGCUUGUACUCGGUAGAGUAUCAAAGUCUUUGACCUUCUACGUACGUCUUGUCCAUCGAUUGCAACAAGACGCAAUUGCUGAUUUCGUGAAUUCGGUCAUCCGAGAUCACGAGACGCUUGCUGGCCGAAACGUGAACACCAAUCGACGAACAAGCGUGCCCUUCGUAGUAGACGUCAGUCGAAUAUACCAAUAUUGUAUUCACCGUGAUCCCGAACCUUAAAUUUUAAUAUUGUAUAAUAUUUUUUUUAUAAAUGA